CGACUUUACUCACACAGCGGCAGCUAGCUCUCUCUCUCUAAUCCAAAACCAUUUCUCUCUCUCUUCCUUCAUGUCUUUUUCUUCUGAUCUUCUAUCACCACCACUUCUUCUUCUUCUUCUUCAGCUUCAUAGUCUCUUUCUCUUUCUCACUGGAUCAUGUCUCGAGCAUUCUCAAUAAGGGGCUAUGCCUUUAUCAUGAGGUCGCGCGACGUCUUCCAGUGCUGGCCCUUCCCGACCAGCGACGCAACCGCAGACCAAGUACGCUCAUGGCUUCCUCCGAUGACUGUUCCCAACUGGACCACUGACCACUACGACGACUCUGAGCUCAGAUCCAACCGCAUCGCCUCCGGAGAACAGGAAAAUGAAAAUCCUCCGUCCGAUGCUGCAGCUUCGAGAGAAUCGAAAAGCUCAGAAAAGUCACCGUCGCAGGAGGAAGAAGGAGAGGCGGAGAAAUUGGAGAUUCAGGCGGUGGAUGACGCGGUAUCUCAUGGCGACAACGGCAAGAGGGAAUCGGAGAAAUCGGAAAAUUUGCCGGAGGAGGAGGAGGUGGAGAAAUUGGAGAAUCCGGCGGUGGUGGAGACGGCAUGUCAAGGAGACGACGGCGAGAGAGAAUCGGAGAAGUUGGAUGAGGAAGAGGAGGAGAAAUUGGAGAUGGUUUGCCCGGUGUGCGGCGAUUUCAAAGCGGCGACUCUGACGGCGGUGAACGUGCACAUGGACGGAUGCCUGAGGAAGGAUCGGCGGCGGCGACAGAUGAAGAUGUCGAAAUUGAAGUCAAAGUCAAAAGCGCCAAAGAAGAAGCGCUACAUCGCCGAGAUUUUCAAUGUUGAAGACGAAGAGGAAAAGCUAGAGCAAGAAGAGAAUCUAAUGGAGGAGGAGGAAGAGGAGGAGCUGGAGAAUGAGCGACCCGAAAUCGAGACGGAGAUGAAGUUCUGGCCGUUCGGAGAGGACGUAUCCGUCACGGUCGAGAAGUUCCGGUGGCUUUCACGGCGGCUCGAGGAGCUGAGAUCCAAAGGAACCACUGGUGGCGGCAGCCAAUCAAUGAGAUCGGAAGGAGGAAAAACGAAUUCCGUGUCGGAGGAUUUGUUGUCUUCACCGGAGGAGGAGGAGGAGAAAUUGGAGAUGGUUUGUCCCGUUUGUAGGGUUUUCAAGGCGGCGACGGUGACUGCGGCGAACGCGCACAUCGACGGUUGCCUCGCGCAAGCGAUGAGGGAAGAGCGGUGGCAGAUAAGGAAGAAGCUGGGGUCGAAUCUCAAGCCUAAAACGCAAAAGAAGCGUUCCCUCACUGAGAUUCUCAACGUGGCGCCGCAAAUCGACACUGGAAACUGUGACGCACCGGUGGAUGCUACAGUAGAUGAAGAAGAAGAUAACAUGGAACGUGGCGCAGGUAAGAGAAAGAAGAAUACAAAGAAGAACCCAAAGAAGAAAAAGAAGAAGAUAAUGGUGAAGAAGAAAAGCAAGGUUCAAAAGCGCGUUUGCCUUGUACCUCUGAGCACUAAGAGUAAGAUGGUGAAAAUGAAGAAGCCGAAGAAAAAGAAAAGGAAGAAUAAGAAGAAUUUGUUCAACGACGAGUUCGCUGCAACGAAGGAAGAUGCAUCUAAGAGCAAGGUGCAAAGGUCAGCAACAAGAUCCACAAAACAAAAAGGAGUAGAUGUUGAAGUUGAUGUCAUUGAUGCUUCUCUUACCCAUGAAAAGAAAUUGGAUUUGAAGAUAUUACCAGAAGAAAAGAAGGAACAAGUAAGUUGUGACUCAGUUGAAAAGCUACAAAAAGCAGUGUCUCCCAUUCGUGGCAUACUGAAGAAUCACAAACAUAUCUCUCGAAAUACUUCAAGUGGUGGUUGCAAUGUUCAAGAAGGUACCGAAGAAGAAAGCCACUGUGAUAUGCAAGUGCCAACUUCAGACAAGCAUGUGAGAUUCUCUGGUAAGGAUUAUACACUUGGCCCAAAAGAUAGAAGCUCAUUUGAUGAAACUGCUACUAACUUGGCUUCGGAUGCAUCAGAGUCUUCAUUUGCAAAUGAGCAUUGCUCUGAAGGUGAGGCUGAGGCAACUCGGAAUUUGGAGGCCAAAAAAAAUGUUGACAAUAAUGCCAUUAACAAAGACAAAGGCAAGGAGGUUUGCCCUAUUGCUGAAAGUAAACAGUUUUGCAAUGCUCUUGGUCAAGUUGCAGCACAGAAUUUCUUGCAGCCAUGUACCAAUCAAGAGAAAUCAAAGCACAUUUCAGAGAAGGGUCAAUCAUCACCAUCCAACGUGGCAUUCCAUGACAAGUCUGAUAGAGGCAACACAACUCCACUGCAUUGUUCUCCAUAUGCUGACGCUCCUAGAUCUCUUCCUGCAGUUCAAACAGGACAGGUUUCUGGUGUAAAUACGCAAGUGCCUGAAUCUGAAGCUUUCAUUUCCACUAGAAAAUUCGUGGAUCAUAUGGAGGAUAGGACUAUUAAACCCGCCACUACGAACUUGAACUCUAACUCGAAUUCAAAUACAAGGACAUUUUUGGGGCCUUCAUCCUCGUAUUCUACUUCGUUUAACAAAGCAAAUGAGAGGCCUGAAUUUCAACCGCAUAAUUAUGGCGACAAUGGUAAUAAUGGCAAAGCUUUAAGUAGCAGACCAUCGUUUAGCAUCUUUAAUGCAGAUAUGUCUGAUAACUCGAACCAGUUUCUUGGCCAGGGAAAAGCAAAUGCAAGAGAAAAUCUCAUGGACCAGAACUUUAUUGGUUUGCCACUCAAUUCUCACGGUGAGCUGAUCAAUUUCAGUUCCAAUUCCAUCAGCGGAAAAGCAGUGAUGAAUCAACAACCGGAUAAAUCAUGCAUAUUAAAAGGUUACUUUAAUGCACCUAUGAAGGAAACUUCUCAUCAAAAUAGCCAACAACAUUCAAGCAUUGGUGCGAGGAAUGUGGUUCAGAAGACGGUUCAAGAUAGGCUAAAUCCAUUUCCACAUUACCCAGCCAGGUUAGGUGUUACAGAGUUACAUGGAAGUAGCCGAACAAACAUCUUCCAGCAAAAUUCUGAUAGUUGGAGUUCCGGUCACUUUGUUCAGCUGCUUGAUUCGGGUUUGAAUCUUGCCAGAUCCUAUCCCGUCGAACGCGACAAGGCGCCUAACUACAUGGGAAAUGGAAUGAUUUAUCCAAAAGAAAGUUCAGGACCUAUUCCACCGAGUUCUGGACCUUCCCGCCAACCAACAAUGAGAUUGAUGGGCAAAGAUGUUCUAAUUGGUGGGAGCAACAAAGAGAAACAAACAUUUGUGAGAGGUGAAGAAUCCAGAAGGAGGCAUUAUCCUGAGCAUCAUGCUGCUACGGACAAUUCUUUAUUGGGAAGAUGCUCUAAGCUGGAUCGGGCUUCUGGUUCACAUUCAUCACAAACACCACCUGAGAAUGUGUUAAUUCAAAGUAACCCAUCAUUACAAGGCACUGUUUUGAUGACUGGUACAGGCUCUGGAUUUCUUCAAAGUAAUCAUGUAUGCCAACAAGGAAACCCUGGACUCAACAAAAAUAUUGCUAGUUCUAAUUUGCAGUGGCAAUCUACGUCUGGUGCCAAACCAAAAUCACACAUCAGCUUUAAGUCUCAAGUAUUACCAUCUCCUCAGCAUACUCCUUUACCCCAACUUGAGCUGAAUGACAGGAAUAAGCACCAUCAUCAUGCUUCGAGUUCAGCGUCCGAAUUUCCUUUAAUGCACCAAGGUGUUGAAGAACCGGCAAAAACAUCGUUGUUUCAGAGGCAAAGUGCUACUUUUACAAUUUUCCCACCAUGGUUGUUAGGUCCAACAGAAAGGCUUCCAGGGACCUCUGCUACUAGAAGCUUUCCUCAAGAUACACGGGGAAACAAUUUCACUACACCGGCCGGGAACCAUUCAGCAGAAUUUCGGUAUCCUCCUAAUCCUUGUCCACCACCAAUGGUUGCUCAACCUCCAUAUAUUCCAGUUACUCCCCUUAACAAAUCACCACACUCUGCAGUAAAUAGUGGAUUUAUAAACAUACCUCAGGUCACUGACAGAGUGAAUCCGAAUGGUAUCAUGACUACUACCAAUGACCAUAAUCAUCAUUCAUACACAAACACCAGGAAAAGACCAGCUUCUAAUUUCAUUGAUCUUAUAAGGCCUAACAAGUUACAAAAUAUAGCAGUGCAAGGAAACCCAUUUGGCCGCAUGAUUGGUUCGACCGGAGGAAGCUCAAGUGCAGGGUUGCAAAGAAAUGCAGGAGCUGUUGAACUUGGUUCCCAAUUGAGUGGUGCAAUAUACUCAGGACAGAAUCAAACUCAGAAUCUGAACCCUGCAAGUCAUAUUGGUGCUAAUUCCAUUCUAAGACCCUCUCAGAACAUGGAUCAGAACUACACAAGAACAAUGAAUUCUUCUGCCAUUCCAAAUACUGCGACAACUGACUGUGAUAGAGAUCUUGAACUUCGGAGGAGACUUAACAAAAUGCAUAGGUUUUAGGCCUAGCUAAUUCAACAUUUUAUGGUAUCAGGUUCUUUUUCUUUUUCCUAUUUUUUUUUUCAUUAUAGUAUAUCCAAUGAAACAUUAUUUAUCAGUUCUAUAUUUAGAUAGUCAUCUUCAUUCAAAGUAUUAUUCCUUCAUGUUA